UUUUGAAGUUUCGGACCGGAAAGUGCGUAACGCCAUUCAUAACGUCAAAUCUGUUACACCGGUCGUGUUAGCUUGAACAAGUGAAUAUUUUUCAUUAGAAAAUGUCUCACCCAACACCGUCCGAAAAACCUUCAAACCCCGAGAACCCCCGCGUCUUUUUCGAUGUUGACAUUGGUGGAGAAAGAGCUGGCCGAAUUGUUCUGGAGUUGUUUGCUGACGUCACCCCCAAGACUGCGGAAAACUUCCGAGCGCUCUGCACUGGGGAGAAAGGCCUCGGCAAAACGACCGGGAAGCCACUGCACUUCAAAGGAUGCCCGUUCCACAGAAUCAUCAAGAAGUUCAUGAUCCAGGGAGGGGAUUUCUCCAACCAUAAUGGCACUGGGGGUGAGAGCAUCUAUGGGGAAAAGUUUGAAGAUGAAAACUUUCACUACAAGCAUGACAAAGUGGGUCUGCUGAGCAUGGCCAAUGCCGGGCCAAACACCAACGGUUCCCAGUUCUUCAUCACUACUGUACCAACGCCACACCUGGAUGGGAAACAUGUGGUCUUUGGACAAGUGUUAAAGGGGAUGGGGAUUGUAAAAAUGCUGGAGUCCGUUGAGACUACAGAUGAUACACCCAUGAAGCCUUGUGUCGUAGGCGACUGCGGCGAGCAUAAGGACGGGGACAGCUGGGGCGCCGCACCCAUUGAUGGAACAGGAGAUGCCCACCCAGACUUCCCCGAGGACUCUGACAUGGACUUUAAAGAUGUCGACAAAGUUCUGUCAGUCGCUGAAGACGUGAAGAAUAUUGGAAACAAACUUUUUAAGAAUCAAGACUGGAAAGCUGCUGUCAACAAAUACYCUAAAGCUGUCAGGUACUUGGAGAUGUGUGGAGAUCAACUGGAGGAGGAGGCACAAAAGAAGCUGGAGCCCACAGUCCUCAGCUGCUURCUGAACACAGCUGCUUGUAAACUGAAGAUGCAGCUGUGGCAGGAAGCUCUGGACAGCUGCAAUGAGGCUCUUGAACUGAACCAAUCAAACGCUAAGGCACUUUUCCGAAGGGCCCAGGCCUGGCAGGGACUGAAGGAAUACAACAAAGCCAUGACUGAUCUGAAAAAAGCUCAGGAAGUUGCUCCAGAGGAUAAAGCCAUCAUCAAUGAGAUGAAGAAAGUCCAGCAUAAAAUCCAAGAAGAGAAGGAGAGGGAAAAGAAAAUCUAUGCCAAAAUGUUUGCCUGAACAUUUAUCAUGAKGUUACCUCUGCAGUAGGAAGUCAGGAGAAAAUGCUGCACAUCUGAUUGUUCCUCAUGUUUUCCACCCGAGACCUUUCUGUUGUUAUCAUGGAAGCUUUUUGCAUGUCUGAUCCUACUGCUGCUGAACUGGAUCAACGCUGGCCUUCAUUCUGGAGCUUUAAAGCCAAAAAAGCAAAGUUGUUUCUGUUGAAUCAUAUGUUUGGAGUUUUGAAACUUUGGACCUCACACAUUACAUCCAUGUUAUUUAUGUUUUUACUGGUCAAUAAAGCACUGAAUAACUCAA